CCUUCCUAACAUGGUGGGGUGGCUAUGUCUGUCCCCACUAUUCCCACGUGCUUUCUCCUCCCCACUUAUAUAAACACAAAUUUCACUGAAGAGGAGAAGAAUCCAUUUCCAUUCCAACAAAUCCAAACGGACCCGACCCGAUUCACCCCACCACAUGGCCUUAGUCCGAGAACGUCGACAGCUCAAUCUCAGACUUCCCUUGCCGGAACCCUCCGAACGCCGCCCUCGUUUCCCCUUACCCCUCCCUCCUUCCAUCUCCACCACCACAACUGCUCCUACCACUACUAUCUCCAUCUCGGAACUCGAAAAGCUUAAGGUUCUCGGUCACGGAAACGGCGGAACUGUGUACAAAGUCCGCCACAAACGCACAUCCGCAAUCUACGCUCUCAAAGUCGUUCACGGCGAUAGCGACCCCGAGAUUCGCCGUCAAAUCCUCCGUGAAAUCUCCAUCCUUCGCCGGACGGAUUCUCCUUACGUCAUCAAGUGCCACGGUGUCAUCGACAUGCCCGGCGGCGACAUCGGUAUCCUUAUGGAGUACAUGAACGUCGGCACACUAGAAAGUCUUUUAAAAUCACAAGCAACUUUCUCCGAACUUAGCUUAGCAAAAAUCGCUAAGCAAGUACUUAGCGGACUCGACUACUUACACAAUCACAAAAUCAUUCACAGAGAUUUAAAACCUUCGAACCUUCUAGUAAAUCGCGAGAUGGAAGUAAAAAUCGCCGAUUUCGGAGUGAGUAAAAUCAUGUGCAGGACUUUAGAUCCUUGCAAUUCAUACGUUGGAACUUGUGCUUAUAUGAGCCCAGAAAGGUUUGAUCCAGACACUUAUGGAGUUAACUACAACGGUUACGCAGCUGAUAUUUGGAGUUUGGGCUUGACUUUAAUGGAACUAUAUAUGGGCCACUUUCCGUUCUUGCCACCUGGACAGAGACCGGACUGGGCUACGCUAAUGUGCGCCAUAUGCUUCGGUGAGCCGCCCAGUUUGCCUGAAGGGACGUCGGGAAAUUUCAGAGAUUUUAUCGAGUGUUGUUUACAGAAAGAGUCCAGUAAAAGGUGGAGCGCUCAGCAACUUUUGCAACAUCCGUUUAUACUGAGCAUCGAUUUGAAGUCCACGUAAAAAGGGACAGAGCAAAGCUGAAGACUGGGAAAUUGAAUAGUUCCGAGUUGUUUGUAAAUAGAGAACGGGACCUUCUUUUUUUUUUUGAACUUUUUGGGUUAACUUUUUUGUAUAUUCUUCAACUAUGAAUCUGUGAAAUCAGAAUCAUUCUCUGUAUCUGGAAAAAGUGCUCCAUUUCCAUAGCAAAAAAAAUCAUCUGUGGAAUUUUGAGACUUAAUGAAUUCAAUCUUUUUCCAACACUUCAA